UGGAUUAACCACAUCGUCAUCGUCACCAUGCCGGGAGCACAGAUCGUCUCGUCCACCCUCGUGUUUUUCGUCAACGGGAAGAAGGUGGUUGACGACGCCGUAGACCCAGAAUGGACCUUACUUUACUACCUCAGAAAUAAACUCCGCCUGUGUGGCACCAAGCUGGGAUGCGCCGAGGGAGGUUGCGGUGCCUGCACCGUCAUGGUCUCCAAGCUGGACCGCAGCACCAAGAAAAUAGCACACCUGGCGGUGAACGCGUGCCUGGCCCCGGUGUGCGCCAUGCACGGCCUGGCCGUGACCACGGUGGAGGGCAUCGGCUCGACGCGCACCCGGCUGCACCCCGUGCAGGAGCGCAUCGCCAAGGCGCACGGCUCGCAGUGCGGCUUCUGCACGCCGGGCAUCGUCAUGUCCAUGUACGCGCUGCUGCGCACCCUGCCCAAGCCCAACAUGCACGACCUGGAGGUGGCCAUGCAAGGCAACCUCUGCCGCUGCACCGGCUACCGGCCCAUCAUCGAGGGCUUCCGCACCUUCACCGAGGAGUGGGAGCAGAUGCAGUCCACCGUGCGGACGCACAGCCUGGCCAACGGCAAGGCAAACGGCGUCAACGGGAACAGCAACGGCGUCAACGGACACAGCAACGGCGUCAACGGGAGCAGUAACGGCGUCAACGGCAACGCCAACGGCGGGUGCGGCAUGGGCAGUAAGUGCUGCAAGGUGACGGGCAAGGGCUGCGGGGCGGCGGAGGAGGACGAGGAGGAGCCCAUGGAUCGGGCGGGCAAGCCGGCCAAGCUCUUCGACCACAACGAGUUCGCGCCGUACGACCCGUCGCAGGAGGCCAUCUUUCCACCGGAGCUCGUGGCAUCCGCACUCCUGGACAACCAGUACCUCAUCAUCAAGGGCCCCCGGGUCACUUGGCACCGGCCCACGUCUCUAGACACCCUCCUCGAGGUGAAGGCCCAGCACACCGACGCCAAGAUCAUCGUCGGGAACACCGAAGUCGGCGUGGAGACCAAGUUCAAGAACUGCCUGUACCCCGUGGAGAUCAUGCCCAGCCGAGUACCGGAGCUGACGGCCAUCGAGCGGCACGAGGACAGGAUCCGCGUGGGCGCGUCCGUCACCCUGCGGGACAUGGAGGACUACUUCCGGGGCGUCAUGAAGGAGGAGCCCGAGAGCAGGACCAGGAUCAUGAAGGCCAUCGUCAGCAUGCUUCACUACUUCGCGGGCCGGCAGAUCAGGAACGUGGGGGCGAUUGGAGGCAACGUUAUGACUGGCAGUCCCAUAUCCGACAUGCUGCCGAUACUCCUCGCGUCCAACGUGGACAUGGAGGUCCGCAGUAAAGAACGAGGCUCGCGCCACAUCAAGCUGGACCACACCUUCUUCACGGGCUACCGGCGGAACGUGGUGCAGCCCGAUGAGAUCCUCGUCUCUCUGGACGUGCCCUUCACCCACGCCGACCAGUACUUCUUCGCCUUCAAGCAGGCCAAGCGCAGGGACGACGACAUCGCCAUCGUGAACAUCGCGCUGAACGUGACGUUCGAGCCCAGCUCCAAGACCAUCAAGGACAUCUACGUGGCGUACGGCGGCAUGGCGCCCAUGACGGUGCAGGCGCGCAAGACGCGCGAGGCGCUCAUCGGCCGCACCUGGGACGAGGCGAUGCUGGACGUGGCGUACGCCGCGCUCGUCGAGGACCUGCCGCUCGCGCCCAACGCCCCCGGGGGCAUGAUCCGCUACCGCAGCUCGCUCACGCUCAGCCUCUUCUACAAGGCCUUCCUCAAGAUCACGGACCAGCUGAGCAAGCGGCUCGCUGGCCAGGUCGCCCCGCUGCCCGCGCCCCUGCGCAGCGCCGCGACGGGCUUCCACAGCAAGCCGCCCAAGUCCUCGCAGUACUACUUCCUGGAGAAGGACGAGAGCAAGGGACCCGUCGGCCAGCCUAUGGUGCACAAGUCGGCCGAGAAGCAGGCCUGCGGCGAGGCGGUGUACUGCGACGACAUCCCCAAGUACGAGAACGAGCUCUAUCUGGGCCUGGUGCUCAGCCAGCGCGCGCACGCCCGCAUCGUGAGCGUCGACCCCAGCGCCGCGCUGGCCGUCGAGGGCGUGCACCUGUUCCUCUCGGCCAAGGACCUGCCCGGCGAGAAGAACGAGUGGGGCGCCAUCUUCCACGACGACGAGGUGUUCGCGUCCGCCGAGGUGCAGCACGUCGGCCAGAUCGUGGCCGCGGUGGUGGCCGUCGACCAGCUGACGGCGCAACGGGCGGCCAAGCUCGUCAAGAUCCAGUACGAGGACCUGCCCGUCAUCGUCACCAUUGAGGAUGCGAUCCGGAACAACUCUUACCAUACCAAGCCCGCCUUGUUGCAAUCUGGUGACGUGGACAAGGCCCUCGCUGAGGCGAAGCACAUCGUCGAGGGCGAGGUGCACAUGGGAGGACAGGAGCACUUCUACCUGGAGACGCAGGCCUGCGUCGCCGUGCCGAGGAACGAGGACGACGAACUGGAGAUCUUCGCGUCCACUCAGAACCCAGCCGAGACCCAGAAAUUGGUGGCACACAUGCUGGACGUGCCGAGCAACCGCGUGGUGGUCAGGACCAAGCGCAUGGGCGGCGGCUUCGGCGGCAAGGAGUCAAAGGCCAACGUGGUGGCGCUGCCGUGCGCGCUGGCCGCGAGCAAGCUGGGCCGGCCCGUGCGCAUCAUGCUGGACCGCGACGAGGACAUGCUCAUCACGGGCACCAGGCACCCCUUCUACAUGCGCUACCGCGUGUCGCACUCGCCCGAGGGCCGCCUGCUCGCCGCCGACGUGCACAUCUACAACAACGCCGGCUACAGCAAGGACCUCUCCACCUCGGUGCUGGACCGGGCCAUGUCGCACUUUGAGAACGCGUACUACAUCGAGCACAGCAGAGCCACGGGGUACGUCUGCAAGACCCACUUGCCGUCCAACACGGCCUUCCGAGGCUUCGGCGGCCCCCAGGGCAUGUUCCUGGCGGAGCACAUCGUCAGGCACGUGGCUGACGCCGUCGGGAAGGACCCCAUCGAGGUCGCGGAGAUGAACCUGUACAAGGAGGGCCACCGCACCCACUACAACCAGGAGCUGGUGCACUGCACGCUGCAGCGCUGCUGGACGCAGUGCAUGCUGGACGCGGACUACACCCGCCGCCUCCAGGACGUGCAGGACUUCAACAAGCUGCACCGCUACCGCAAGCGCGGCCUGGCCAUCGUCCCGACUAAGUUCGGCAUCGCGUUCACGUCGCUGUUCCUGAACCAGGCGGGCGCGCUCGUGCUCGUGUACGCCGACGGCUCGGUGCUCCUGUCGCACGGAGGCACGGAGAUGGGCCAGGGACUGCACACCAAGAUGAUCCAGGUCGCCAGCCGCGCUCUCGAGAUACCCGAGUCGUACAUCUUCAUCAGCGAAACUUCCACAGACAAAGUGCCCAACACUUCUCCCACCGCCGCCAGCGCCGGCUCCGAUCUCAACGGAAUGGCUGUUCUGGACGCGUGCGAGCAAAUCAUGGAGCGCCUCAAGCCCUUCAAGGAGGCCAACCCGAAGGGAUCAUGGAAGGACUGGGUGAACAAGGCGUACUUCAGCCGAGUGCAGCUGUCUGCCUCCGGCUUCCACGCCACCCCCGACAUCGGCUACAACCGCGAGACGAGGACGGGCAAAAUGUUCAACUACUUCACGUUCGGCGCGGCCGUCACCGAGGUGGAGAUCGACUGCCUGACGGGCGACCACCAGGUGCUGCGCUCCGACAUCGUCAUGGACCUGGGCGAGAGCCUGAACCCCGCCAUCGACAUCGGCCAGGUGGAGGGCGGCUUCAUCCAGGGCUACGGCCUGUUCACGCUGGAGGAGAUGGUGUACUCGCCCACGGGCAACAUCUUCUCGCGCGGCCCGGGCGUCUACAAGCUGCCCGGCUUCGCCGACAUUCCCCAGGAGUUUAACGUGGCACUGCUAAAAGGCGCCCCUAACCCCAGGGCGGUGUACUCAUCAAAGGCUGUGGGUGAACCGCCCCUGUUUUUGGCUGCGUCCGCAUUCUUUGCCAUCUGGGAGGCCGUGAAGGCGGCGAGGGAGGAGGCGGGGCUGUCCGGAUACUUCACACUCCACUCGCCGGCCACGGCGGCCAGGAUCAGGAUGGCCUGCCCCGAUCACCUUACCGAACAUUUCCCGGAACCCGAGCCUGGGACGUUCCAGCCCUGGAGCACUGCUGUGUGCUGAUAGCCUUAUCGAGACGAAAAGCUGAAGAGGACAACCGAGUUGACUUAAACUUCGUGUGAUACCUGCGUCAUAUGUACCUGGGUUAUGAUUACUGUAAUUACUGUACUGUAUGAUUGCUGUAAUUCUAGUGGAGAGUCACUUUUAUUAUAAAUCCAUGAAAUGUAUCUAGUAUCUAAGAAACAUGUAAGAAUGUGCUACCCGCUGAUUACUCUUAGCCAUUCCUCACAUUUUGAAGAGAUGAAUUGUACAUAUUAUUAUAGUAACUGAUGAUGGAAAAACCAUUUGUAAUAGACUGUCAAUUUCUUACCUGUUUUAGGGUUACCUGAAAAAGUGGGCAGGACAGUAUGCGCCCUGUGCACUGGUUCCAAUCCUUACUUGAGCCUGCCCAAGUAUACCUUAUUUGUGAUAUAACUCUGUAUUGCCAUCUCACUUAGCUUGUAAGUUACUUUACAGCACUAGGGAAGUCAACAAAACUUUUAUCUGCGUGUAAAAAAAUAUCUCCUGCCAUAUUUGAUUGUGCCAUUAUUCUUGUCUAUAAAAAGUAACGCAAAAGAAAAUUGAAUAUUAUUGAACCACA